AUGGAUGGCAUAAUAGACAAACUUUCUGAAUGUUUUGGACAUAGAAAAUUUAAAAGUGAACUUCAAGAACAGGCUGUGCGAGCUAUCGCCAGAGGUGUCCAUGAUGUCUAUGUGUCAAUGCCAACCGGUUCAGGGAAGUCCCUUUGCUUUCAACUUCCGGCUAUGUUACAAGAUAAUAAAGUGGCAAUUGUUUUCUCACCGCUGUUGGCACUCAUUAAAGAUCAAAUUGAUCAUCUUACUAAAAGUAAAAUUAUUGCUGAAUCUAUAAAUUCAAAAAUGACAGCAAAAGAUAGAGAAAGAGUUCUCAAUGAUUUGAGAAGUAUGAAACCAAACACUAGGUUUCUUUAUGUAACACCUGAACAAGCAGCUACCAACACUUUUAAAACAUUAUUAGAACAUCUAGUCAAAUACAAAAAGGUUUCAUAUAUUGUUGUUGAUGAAGCACAUUGUGUAAGUGAAUGGGGACAUGAUUUUAGACCUGAUUACCUUAAGUUAGGAGAGAUACGAGAGAAAUACAAAUGCAUACCAUGGGUAGCUCUUACUGCAACAGCAAGCGCAGAAGUUGCAAAAGAUAUAUUCACGAAUUUGAAACUGUUACAGCCAGUUGCAAAAUAUAAAACACCAAGUUUCCGAAAGAAUUUAUUUUAUGAUAUUGUCUAUCAAAAUUGUAUACAAGAUGAGAUAGGUCACUUGUUGGAUUUUUUGAAAAAAUGUUUAGGUGGAGAUGAAAAUGCCAAAGCAAAGGACAAAAAUGUUGUUAUUGUUUACUGUAGGACUCGUGAUCAGACAGUUGAAUUAGCUAAUAUGUUGACAAAGAGGGGACUAAAAGCAUUGGCCUACAAUGGAGGUAUGAAAUCGUCAGAUCGCAUAGCAGUCCAAGAACAGUGGUCUCGUGGUGAAUGUACUUGUAUAUGCGCUACUGUGUCUUUUGGUAUGGGCGUAGAUAAGGCUAGCGUUCGGGCCGUCGCACACUGGGGCUUAGCUCAGAAUGUUGCUGCUUACUACCAAGAAUCUGGCAGAGCGGGUCGUGAUGGAAAGCCCGCAUUUUGCCGCAUUUACUAUUGCAACAGCGAACGAAACGCUGUGGAUUUUCUUCUAAAAAGUGAAAUGGGACGCGCCAAAACUGAAGAUCAAAAGAAAAGAUGCAAGAAUAAUUAUAAAAGUUUCGAAAUGAUGGUUAAAUACUGUGAAGGUGUCAAGUGUCGGCACCGCACGUUCGCGGAGUACUUCGGUGAGGAGCCCCCGCGGUGCGGCGACCGCUGCGACGUAUGCUCGGACGAGCGAGCAGUGCGGCGCGCUCUGGAUCAGCACCAGCGACGCGCCAUGUCGGCACGCAUCGGAAGCGUAGCCUACGAACAGCACGACCCCGCCGACCUGUACGGCGAGGGCCGCUUCGGACAGAAGAGAGAAAUGCAGUCAUAUUACGCGGAUGACAGCGGCGAAUCGGACGGCGAGAGCAGCAGACUUCGAGUAGCGGAGGAAACUAAAUCUCUGAUCAUGAAAGAGUUCGCCAACAGGAAGAAACAUUUGGAGCAAGAUAGGAAGAAAAACGAUGAGUCUGAAUCUGCUAAAUACUCAAAAUGUCGAGCCGCCGACAGCACUAGUAAAAAGGUGAAUGGACUCACAAUCUCUGGACGAGAGGGUUAUCUAACUCUCCUCUGCGACGCCCUGAACAAUAAUUUGUCGAGUAUGAGAGAAGUGGACAAGCCAGAUAAGCCGUUGUCCCGCUCUGACGUGGAACAAUGCGCUGCCGAUUUGGAAUACGAAGCCUUUUCCGGGAGCACUGUCAUCAGCCUCUAUAGGCGAGCUAUGACCAAACUCAUAUCAUCAAUAAAAGAUUGCAAAGAACAGCUUUAUCCCCGACUCAAGACGUUUGAGCCUAGAAAACGUAACACUCUUAGUGAGUUCGUGAAAGAUUAUGAAGCUCAGAAACAUAAAAACCAAGGGUUUAUCACGGCUGCACAAUUGGAAAUGGAAAAUCAAGGCCAAGCCUCGGAUUCGAAAUCUCUCUCUAAAUCUGAUAAACACGCAAAACGGAAAGCGAAUUCUUUUAAACGAGACUCUUUGCAACAAACAAAAUUACAAACUUUCUUUAAGAAAGCAUCAAACUGUUCACCAUGUUCUUCUCCAGGCGCAAGUGAGGACGAUGAUAAUAAUCUCGUCAUUGAUGAACAUGCCAUUAACAACAAUGACACUACAUUAAAAUUAGAAGAACCUGGCGUAUUAGAUAAACAUAACGACACUACUUUAAAAAUAAACGACACCUCAGAGGAUGAAGAUAACAAGGGAAAUGAUAAAAAUACAUUUGUUAUAAAUAUAACACUCAAAGGCAUACCUAGCAAUAAGGACAAAACAGAAGAAAAGCACGAAAAAACGAGUAGUAACGAUAGUCAUAAGAAAGAAAGAAAGAAAAUAAGCGAAAAUGAAAAAUCGCCACCAAAGAUAAAUACAGCAAAGAGGAAAAUUAAAGCCUUAUUUGGUGAAUCAUCUGAAAGUGAGGACGUGGAUGACACAAGCAAGAAAAAACCUAAACACGAAGACAAAAAGAAAAGGAAACAUUCAAAAGAAAACCAUAAGAAACAGCACAAGGAUCACGACAAGAAAGAAAAAAAGAAAAAUGAUCAUACAAAAGAAAUAGCCCAAAAAGCAUUUAAGAACGAAGUUCCGUUUUCGAAGUCAGCCUCAGAUAGCGAAUCUGAAAAAGAAUUAGUUAUAGAUGAUGGCAUUGAAUCUCAAAUUAAAGAGAGUUGUCCUAAAUCAAAUGAAUCACAUAAUACUAAAGUUGGAGUACAUAGUGAUUGGAAAAAUCAACUUGCUAAAACCAAUAAAGCAUUAAAAGAAUAUAAGAAGAAUUUAAAUAAGCAAUCUGCAACACCAUCGAAACAUGAUGUUGAAAAACAAUCUGACAUAGAUGCCAUACCGGCACAGACAGCAGACAGCCCUAUAGAUACUAAUUCAUCUUUAGUUGAUAUGGACGUGGAUGAUGUUGUAUUGAGCAAAGCACAUAAGUUAAGCAGAGAGGCAGAUGCAGUAUUGUUGUCAUUGAAACAGUUCUCAGAGCAGCCACAAGAACCAUUGGUAGUAGAAAAUCCCAAGAAAGACACAUUGCCUAGUCCCGUAACAUCACAAUCACCAAAAAUAAGUGAAAUUAAAAUUAAGGUAGAAAAUAAGUGUAAAGUUUCUAAGCAUAAUAAAAGUGUUUUAAGUUUAAAUAAAAGUAAAGGCAAAGUUGAUUUGGUAAAACUGAAAGAAAAACAUAAAGCUGAAAAAGUUAGGAAGCGGGAAGAUAAUAAAGCAAAGAAGACAGAAAAGGUGGAUGUUGCCAGCCUUGUUGUUAAAUUACUAAUGCCGUAUUAUAAAAAUCAGAAAAUAAGUAGCCGGGACUUGUUCAAGAUAACUGCCAGACACAUUGUACAUCAAUUAUUGGCUAUACAAGUAACAGAGGAGACCGCGAUUGAUUUAUUACUACAAAAAGCAUUUAGCAAGGAAGUUAAAAUAGAAAACGAAAGUGACUUGGCUGUUAAACUGAAUCUUAACAAUAAUAUGUAA